CAUCCUUUCAGAAAAACAUGAAACCGCCUCCUGGGCAAAGGUCUUAAACCACUGGUUGCUGAACUUCCGAGGGUGUGUACGAUGGGUCGGCUUGAAGGGAAGGUGGUAUUGCUCUCUGCUGCAGCACAAGGAAUUGGCCGAGCAGUCGCUAUUGCUUUUGCAAAGGAGGGAGCAAAGGUCAUCGCAACAGACAUCAAUGAGUCCAAACUCCGAGAACUGGAAGCUUGUCCAGGCAUUCAAGUUCGAGUACUGGAUGUCACCAGUAAAGAACAAAUUGAAAAUCUGGCCAAGGAACUGAAGAGAAUUGAUGUUCUUUGUAAUAUUGCAGGAACUGUCCAUCAUGGAACCAUUUUGGAUUGUGAGGAAAAAGACUGGGAUGUCACAAUGAAUGUCAAUGUUCGCAGCAUGUAUUUGAUGAUUAAAACAUUCCUUCCUAAGAUGCUUGAGCAGAAAUCUGGUAACAUUAUUAACAUGGCUUCUGUGGUAUCCAGCAUCAAAGGAACUACUAACAGGUGUGCUUAUGCUGCCUCAAAGGGAGCAGUUAUUGGUCUCACCAAGUCCAUAGCUGCUGACUUUGUUGACAAAGGCAUCAGAUGCAACUGUGUUUGUCCUGGCACUAUUGACACUCCUUCUCUACGUGAGAGAAUGCAAGCCAGCUCUAAUCCAGAUCAGGCACUGAAAGACUUCAUAGCCAGGCAAAGGUUGGGUAGGCUUGGGACACCUGAAGAAGUAGCCCACCUCUUUGUAUUUCUGGCUUCUGAUGAAUCUUCAUUUGUGACUGGCAAUGAAUGCAUCGUUGAUGGUGGCUGGAGACUGUGACUUUGUGCCAGAGGCGUCCAUGUGCAAGUGGCAAAGAGUUUCCUGGAGAACGGGAAGAAGCUGCUGCUUACAUUCCAACAACCAUGGCCUGCAUCACUAUCUAAUGGGUAUAAAAUGACUGUUCCCCUGGGCUUAUCCAUAUUCUUGUUCUAUCUAACCAUGUAGCUUUGUAAGCUGGUUCACAGACAGAAUUUAUUUCAUUUCAUGAAAUAAAUAUGAAAUAAAUUAAGAAUAAAAAUUAAAUAAUGAAUUGA